UGACUAUGGCAACUGUCACAUUUUCUGGUGCUACAACUGUAACAGCAUUUGUUGCAAUUGUCGCAUUGUUUGGUGCUGCAAUUGUAGUUGGUGUAGCCAUGGUCACGUUUACUGGUAUUGUUGCAUUUAUUGCAGUAGCCACAAUUGGUCCUAAGACUGUAGUACCAGGUGCUACAGUAGCAUUUGCUGUCGUUGCAAUUGUGGUAGCGGUAACAUUUGCUGCCGCGAUUGUUGUUGCAUUAUUGAUGACAGUUGUCGCAUUGGUUGGUGUUACGAUCGUAAUUACACUUGAUGUCACUGUUGCAUUAGUUGGUUCUGCGAUUGCAGUUAUCGCAUCUACCAUCAUCAUCAUCGUCACAUUUGCAGUCGAAACUAUUGUGGUAUUCGCUGAUGGAAGAACUGUCACUGGUGCUAAAAUUGUACCUGUAGGUGCCAGGCUAGUAUUGGCUGCGGCCGUGAGGGUUGUUGCAUUGACUGCGAUAACUGUCACGUUAGUCGGUGCUACAACUGUGACAGCAUUGGGAGCACUUGUCACAUUAGGUGUAAUGGAUAUUACAGCUGUUGGUGCUACAGUCACAUUCGUCGGGAUUGUUACAGCGAUCGUUGGAGCCAAAGUGACAUUUCCUGUUGGAACUGCAGUCGCAUUGACUGCGACAACUGUGACAUUAGCUGGUGCUACCACUGUAACUGCAUUCGUUGCAGCUGUCACAUUAACUGAUGUCUGGCUUAUUGUUGUAGAUGCUACAGUUGCAUUUGCUGGUACAGCGACUGUAGUUGUCGCACCUUCCGUCAGAUUUGUCGGUAAUACGGUCGUAGUCGCACCACCUGCAUCGUUUGCUACUGAAAUUGUUGUUGCAUUAACUGUGACAACUGUAACAUUAGUUGGUGCCACGACUGUAACUGCAUUUGUUGCCGUUGCAGGUGCUACUGUUGCGUUAAUUGGAGAACUGAGUGUAGUUGUUGCAAUUGUCGUAACAUUUGCCACAGCUGCAGUCAUAAUCACACCGCUUGCAUUAGCAUUUGCUGCUGGAAUCGUAGUUGCAUUUACUGUGACAACUGUCACAUUGGUUGGUGCUACGACUGUAACUGCAUUUGUUACACCUGUUGCAUUAGCUGACGUCAUGCCUGUAGCUGCUGCUGUUGCAUUUGCUGGAGCAGCUACUGUAGUUGUUGCAACUAUCGUGACAUUUGUUGCCGGUAUUGUAGUUGCAUUGACUGUAACAACUGUCACAUUAGUUGGU